AGGGGGGUCCCAGCCAUCCAGUCCGCCUUCUGCUUCAGUCUCAACAGACGCUGCUGUCGCCUUGUUGCUCACUUCGAUCCGCAGUUUAGGGAAUCCGAACCGCAGAGCCCCGCACAGAACCCGCUUCUCUCCGCACCGCCACGCAGAACAACAGAUAAAGCACGAUGGGGAAAGGCUGCCUGAGCAUGAGCAAGUACUUCCUCUUCCUCUUCAACAUCAUCUUCUUUCUGUUUGGGGUCGUCAUCAUGGGCUUCGGACUCUGGCUCCUCCUGGACAAGCAGAGCUUCAUCGUGGUCCUCAAUAACUCCACGUCUCUGAAGGUGGGUUGCUACAUCCUGAUUGGAGUUGGAGCUUUCUCCAUGCUCAUGGGCUUCGUUGGCUGCCUGGGAGCCAUUUAUGAGAUCCGGUGUCUGCUGGGCCUGUACUUCACCUGUCUCCUACUGAUCCUCAUCGCCCAGAUUGCCGCUGGUGCCCUUAUCUACUUCCAGAAAGAAGUGCUGAACAACGAGAUGUCCAACAUCGUGGCCAAGGUGCUGGAUGGUUACCCUGGCAACAACUCCAACACGGAGCAGACCUGGGACUACAUCCAGAGGACCAUGGAAUGCUGCGGCUGGAACCACCAACUGGACUGGAACUCCAACAUGGUGAUCAGGAACAGCUCCGAGCUGCUGUUCCCCUGCUCCUGCCAGAACGUCUCCCUCUCUGAGGAGAACCUGUCCAACAGCGGGUUCUGCGAGUCUAAGACGUCCAACUGGCCCGUUUAUAAUGCGGGAUGUUCAGAGAGCGUGGAGAGCUGGCUCAUCACCAACCUGGGGGUGGUCCUGGGAAUCUGCCUCGGAGUGGCUUUUAUUGAGCUGCUGGGGAUGAUUCUGUCCAUCUGCCUGUGUAGAAACAUUCAAAUGGAGGAUUACACAGAAGUGCCAAAGUACAAUCAUUAAACUGAGGAAUGACCCAGAGAGAGUAUUUGGUCAAAUUCUGUCCAUAUGUUAAAUAAUGAGUAUUUUUUUUUUGUUUUAUGGGAUUUUCCUUCUGAGGGGUUUUAUUGUUGUCCAGUUUCCUUCAAGCACUUUAGAAACGUUUGUAGUUUUGAGCUUUGGAUCAGAACAAUGCGGAGAGUGAAACUACAAUUAGACGAAUUAGUUUGUAAAAUAAAAAGCAAGCAUCUCCUUCCAGUCCAAAUCAUGUCUUCAUGUUACUGCGUUCUUUCAGUUUCCCUUUAGAACCUGACUUUAGUCCCGGUUUCAGUGAAGGUGGAGAAGUGGGUCAGCGCUUUUUGCCCUUUCUGUUUUUAUAGACCAGUGUUGUGACAUGUGAAAUGUUUCAGUACUUUGUAUAUUAUUUUAGUUUUUAUUAGUGUGAAUUUGAUAUUUUUGCUAGGGUUUGUCUUCAUCUGUAAUGUUCUGCUCACUGUCUGGGUUCUGUUUUACUAAAGCUACUGGUUUCCAGCAAACACACCACUAUAUUUGAGCUUUACAGGCAGUUUAACUCUGAUUCUUUGUGUUUUAGUGUAAAACUGACACAGAAAUGAAUAUUUUUGGGGAGAGAAGCGUCGUAAACCUUUGAGCCACGCUGUAUCUUUUAAAGUUGAAUUUUAAAAUAAUUUCUGAAUUAAAAAUAUUGAAAUAACUUUCUAGUAAUUAAUGAGGUGAAGCUGAGCGUUCUGGAGUUGUUAAUAUGUACUCACAUGAUUUAUUCUGUUAUUUGUCAAUAAACUGAAUGAAGUCACA